AUUAUUAUAUAUUUUUGUUUAAGGGUAUCUAAUAUUCUAUUCAAAUGCGGCCCAGUGCUCUCUUAUGUCCUGGAUCCACCGCUGGUGGUAACUUGUAGUAAACAAUGAUGAAAGUCGUAAAUGACAAUUAGUAUACUUUUACUAUCAUGUAUUCAACCUUCUUACCAUAUUGGUAUGCUCAUACCAUCACGGUACGCUUUCUUACCAUAUAAAUGGUUCUUCAAUCAAAAAUGGUAGGGGACAUUAUUUAAUACCAUAUGGUAAUGACUGGUAAAAAAUGAUUCAAUUUUUUGUACUAAAAAUUUAUCAAAGUGGAUAUCAUUUUAAAUAGCACAUCUGAUUUAUCUGUGCAAAAAAAAAAUCGACUUAAAAUGAUAGAGAAAUCAUUCAUUAAAAAUUAAAGGUGAAAAGAUAAAAUACUUUUCAGGAGAAAUAGGAAUGCUGAUGUGUACGGAUUACUUAUGGUUACUCACCAUAAUAUUACUGACUUGAUCCGCUACCGACUUAUUACAAAGACUUUACCGAAGAUGAGAAUUUUUUUUUUGUAAUUAAAGAAAAGAAAUGUGGCCCGCUACUAUAUCACAAUUCUAGUCUUUCGAUUUUGAGCUAUGGUACCAACAGUCUCGUCCGUGCAAAAAAAAAAAAAAAAAUUCAUCAUAUAAACAGCGUAAACAUAAUGUAAAUUCUCUACAAGUUGAACAAUCUUGUGGUGGAACAGAUUCACCGUGCAAAAACAAAAUAAAGCAGCAGCAUGCAUUGCAGACUACUUGGCAUCAGUGGAACGGAAGCACUGCCUGUCAGUGUGGCAAUGUAAUGUGCGCGGCGGGUGGAAUGGAACAAAGCAAACAAAUGGCACUCUCUCCUUGCAUGCAACACAUCACAGCUGGUCGGUAGGAUCUGCUUCUUCAUUAUACAAUUCUAAUCAAUAAUAAUAAUAAAUAAUAACCAAAAAGGCCAAGGUUAGCUAACUACUAACCACGGUCAAGAACAAGAUUAAUAACUCCAACCAUGGACCGAGUCCCCCCACCAAAAAAAAAAAAAAAUCUAUCUCCAAAACCCAGACCCCAAGAAGGUUAACAAGUUAUUAAACAACAAAAUCAUAUAUUAGAGAGAAGAGAAAAAAAUAAUUAGGGAAAAGGAAAGAAAUGAUAGAGAAAGGGAGACUGUUCCACCUUUGAAAAUGAGAGCAUUUGAGGAGCAGAACUGUGGCCAUCCGCCAUAGCCAUAGAUUUUAUUAAAUUCCAUGUGGCGAAAUCAGUCCAAUCCAAACAACACCCCCCAAAUCCAUUAAAAGGGGGCACUCACCCACUCUCUUUCUUCAUCUUCCUCCACCAAAAAAAAAAAAAUUUAUUAUAAUUGGGAAGGAAUCAUCCUUUCUUUCUUUCUAUCUUCAUCUUCUUCUUUCCAUUUCCUGCCAAACCAACACAAUUUCUCUACUACAAGAGAGCUCUCCCAUUUAGCAGUUUUCCCCUCCCUCCCUCUCUCGAACAACUCAACAACACACAUUCUUCAUCAUCUCCCAUUUCCUCACUCAGACGCUUUUCCUUUCCUUUGACGGAAAGUUGAUCCCUCUACAACACCAUCACUGCAAACCCCCGAUCAUUGUUUAAUCCUUAGAGGGGGGAAACAGUCUCUGUUCUGGAAUCAGUCAUACGAAGAAAGAUUCCUCCUUUGUCCUUCUCUCUCUGUCUGUAGGAGAUGCAUUGAAUUGAGUCCUAGUUUGGUUUUCCCUGCUCUGUUUCGUAGCUUGUAGUUGUCAUUACCGCGUUUUUUGGGGGGUGGGUUUGUGUUGAUUUAGCUUCAAGGGAUGAUUGAGGUUUUCUUUCCCUUCCUCGCUUUGUCUAGUUGUCUUCAAGACUGAUCAAAGCAGCAGAGCCAGAGAGCAGUCAAAUUAGCUUGGAGUUUUCUUUAAGUCCGGAGAAAGCGAAACAGGGUUCCCAUUACAAAUACAAUCUUCUUCGGCGAGGAGGUUCGAUCGGAAUACCCAAAUCGGAAAAUUCUGUUGCCUUUCUUAUCCGGAACGGAAAGUUAGAAACAGAAACAGGGGAGUUUCGCUUUUCUUUUCCUUUUCUUGUCUGGAAAACUUUCCUUUCCUUUUCUCCUCUUCUCUCUCCUUUGGUCUUCGCAAAUUUAUCUCGAAAAGAAAAGGAAAAAAAAAGAUAAACGUUAGAAAUUUGAGAGUUUUUUUUUUUUGUUAUAUGUUUCGUUUCAUCUUCGUCCCCGUUUCCUAAUCUGGUCUGUCAGUCUUCUCCCUCUCAAAUCUGGGGAAUCCCUAAAAAUUCUCUCGAGAGACCUUCCCAUUUCACGGCCCCUUCUUUCUCUCUUCCCCUGUUUUACCUCUGUUUUCCCUCUUCAACGAGUCCCUCUGUUUUCUUUAGGCUUGGGGGAGAAAUUGAAAUUUUUUUUUUCUUUCUCUCCUCCUCUGUCUCUCUCUUUCUGGCCCUUCCACAUCUCUCUCUUUUUUUAUUUUUGCCCUUUAAUUUUUUUUAAAAACAAUGAUUUCGGACAAAGGGUCAACACAAUCGAACCUCGAUUGCUUCCUCCAUUUCACUACCCCUGUAGUUGAAUCUCAUUCCCUGCCAAAGUCGGAGAUGAGGAACUUGAAUCGGCUAUGGCAUCCAUGGGAGAGGGAAACGGUGGAGUACUUCACCCUCGGCGAUCUCUGGAACUGCUACGACGAAUGGAGCGCUUACGGCGCUGGAGUGCCCAUUUCCUUGAACAAUGGCGAAACUUUAGUUCAGUACUACGUCCCUUACCUCUCCGCGAUCCAAAUCUUCACCAGCAAUUCCUCCUCCGUCAACGGUCUCAGUCGAUACAGGGAAGAAACAGAGUCGGGCGAUGGAGAAACGAGUAGCGAUUCUUGUAGCGACGAGAGCUGUAGAUGGGGUGACGGGUGUUCAUCCGAUGAAGGUGGCUCCGAACAGGAAACCCUUUGGCAUCUAAACGACAGAUUGGGGUAUCUCUAUUUCCAGUACUUCGAGCGAUCCACGCCUUAUGGAAGAGUCCCUUUGAUGGAUAAGAUUAAUGGAUUCGCUCGAAGAUACCCAGGAUUGAUGUCUUUGAGAAGUGUGGAUCUCUCCCCUGCUAGUUGGAUGGCUGUGGCGUGGUACCCAAUCUACCACAUACCAAUGGGAAGAACAAUCAAGGAUUUGUCGACAUGCUUCCUUACUUACCACACCCUUUCCUCCUCUUUCCAAGAUAUGGAUUUGGAAGACGAUAUAGAGAAGCCGGAGAGGAAGAGGAAAGAAGGGGAGAACAUCUCGUUGCCAUCGUUCGGGAUGGCGACUUACAAGAUGCAAGGCAACGUUUGGGUAUCGGGGAAUUGCGGCCGAGACCAGGAGAGGUUGGUUUCGCUAUGGAGCGUCGCAGAUUCGUGGCUCAAGCAGCUCAGGGUCCAGCACCAUGACUUCAAUUACUUCACUGGGAUCAGGCGUGGUUGAUUCUACCAAACGUGAGCAAAGGGCACCACAAAAAAAACCCAAAAAAAGAAAGAAAAAAACCCCACCAAGUCUAACCACCGCCCUCAUUCUCAUUUGCCUUGACCUUUUCUCCUUUGCUCCUGAAAGUUACCUUUCCCCCAAGGAAAAAAAAUAGCAAACACAAAAACCAGGAAGAUGGACAAAAAAAGGAAUGAGAAUAAGCCCAGAACCCUACAAUUGAGUGGAAUCUUAUCGUAGAGGAACAGGUUGGUUUUGUUUUGUUUUGUUUUGUUUGCUUGGGGGGUUUGUCCAGUCCAGACUCCAGAGGCCAUUUCCGUAGCGAUUCAGAGCUUUUUUCCCUCGUUCUUUUGUUCAAUGCUUUUGGGUUCAGAGGGGUACAUUAGACAUGUGAGCUGUGGCAGGUUGAUGAUGUUGCCUUCUCAAUCUCAUGAUCGACUUUCUUUGUUUAAUUUUCUUUGUUUCGGUUUGUAGUUGGGUUUCGGUUUAGGGAGAAACAGAGUGUGUCGAGUACAGGGGACGAGGGGCAUCUAUGCUCUGUUUUUUUUUUCUUUUUUAUUAACUUUGAUGAAAUCGUUGUUGACUUGUAGAGUUUGAUAAUGGGGAAAAAUGGAAAGAGGGGAUAGAAGAAGAGAAGAGACAGGAGUUGUUUAUUCCUGAGAAAUGACAAUAGCUUCUCGAUUUCUCGUCCAUUUCUCCUUUUUGCUUCCUGCUUUCAAUUUCUUCACAAGUGUGGAUUGGGACUGGAGAUAUGAUUUUUCUUUCUUUCUCAUGGAAAAAGGGGAGCGUGAUUGGCUGCUAUGCUACUAAAUGUUUAUGCUCCUAACCAAUGCAGUUGGAGUGGUGGAAUUGUUGGAUCUCUACAUCGAACGGGAAAUUAGAAAAAGACCCAAAUGGUUAAACAACAGAAAGAAGAAGAAGAAGAAGAAGAAGAAAAAAAGGUAUUGGAAACUGAAGUUGGCAUGAACCCAUAAUGAUCGAUCGUUGAAGUUUUGAACUGAACAAAUACGAGUAGUCAAUGCGAUACGGUUUUCACCCACUAGAAAGUGGCUAGAGUUAAAUCUUCUUAAUAGAAAAUGUCAAAUGGU